CCUCUGUGGAGGAGAAAAUGUACCUCUGUAGAGGCGGUGGGAUUCAGGAGCAGGCACUUAGCCACCCCCCUGGUCUGUGAGGUUAGCACUCACUGCACAAUCGCAUCUUUCCCACUCCCUACAAAGAUGAGCCCAAGAAAGGAAAGAAGCCUUCUCCUUUCCUUGUCAAGUCUCCCUAUAAGUCUCUUCUUUUGACUCCCAGUUGUCUUUCUCUUUACUUCCUUUCUCUUCUAGCCUGCAUGAAUCACCCUUUCUCCUGCAGUAACCUAGAUUGUCUCAACUUGGUUGGGAAUGAGAGCUGGAGAUGAGGGCUGAGAUGGUCCUCAAAGGUUCAUUUUCUUGAGGAAUACCUUCCUCAAAGUCUCCUUUUUGGCUGCAGGUGCCAUCUGUGUAAGCUAGUCAGCUUGGUGUGAGUGCCCCUGGAAGGUGGGCUGCCCAUGGCUCCCUUCUAUCUUCCCUGUGUUUUAGCCUCCUGUUUUCCCACUUCCUCAUUUUCAGGGCUCUCCCUUUUGCCUGUUACUUGUCCAGAGCACACCAUGGUCUUCAGGAAACAGCUAAAGAACUCACCUUAAUAAAAUACUUUUUCCUAGUACAGCGAUAAAAAGCAAAGGUGCAGAAGUCAGGGAAGAAAGGAGUUCCUGGCACUUCAGAGCAUAUAGGCCCUAGAAAGAGGCAAAUAAAGACACAGACUCAGUGAUAAACUCCAGUGCUGGGGUCCUACCAGCCCUCAGCAAUAACCUCACUGUCGAAUGACAUCCCUCCAUGAAAACCCCCAUGCCAUUUGGGUGCCUCCAUGAGCCUCAGUGAGAAACUCCACUGCUUCUUGGUCAUCUCCAUGACCCAAGGUGCAAGAGGAGGCUGGUCCCAGGGACACAUUUGGAUGCAAUCAAGUGUGAGAGAGGAUGCUCAUGACCAGAUGUCUUCUCCUCACUGCAGCAUCACUACCCAGCCCUCUCCCCCACCAGCUCAUGAGUCUCUGUCCCCUCCCAGCGAUCAGGUCCAGUGCUGUCUGUGCAGGACCCCCAUCCAUCUGCCUGCCCUUGGGAGUCACGGUCGGCUUUACCCUCAGGGAUGACUCCGUGGUUUUCGUACUCGUCCAGUCUCCGGACCAGGGGAUUCUGGCAGCCGUACAGUGCACGAAGAGCGCAGGCAGUGCUGGCACGGCGGGCGGUCCGGAGGGACCUGAAGAACUGGCGGUACUCCUGGUCGGAGAGUGGUGUUCCCAGUUGCUGCGCCUUCCCGCCCUGAGGGCCAGCUGUGCAGCCCCAACCCAAGAGCACUGGUAAAAAAUAAAAUGCAGGUAGUCAGGGGGAGAAGGAAAUGCUAACCAUGGCACACUCAGAAGAGCUGGAAGGCUGAACCCAGAUCUCUGUUGCCUUCUCUAGGUGCAGGAUCCAGUGCACGGGAAGUGCAGUAACGGGCUCAAGAUGGGAGAUCUAGACCUGGGGAAAACCUGCUCUGCCCAUGUUGAAAGGGGUGUAGUAUUUUGAGGACAGUACGUAGCUGAGGGACCUUCACCAAAACUCUGGAGAUUCAAAUCUUGAACUGGAAGAAAUGUCUUGGAAGUCAUGGCUGAAACUGGGAAUGUAGCUCUGCUGUCAGGGCUGGAGCAAGGAGACUGUUUCCUUUCAAGAUUUUAGCCUCUGCAAAUUCUCUUCCUCUGGGUAAGUGGGUCCAGACCCCUUGAGUUAAUGGAGCAUGCCCCAGUGGAUGUCUGUGUGCCCUUAAAUGGUCCAAGCAUUCAAUGAACCCUUAUGCAAAACUUAAAGCCAGUUCUUCCCUGUAAAGAACAUUAUGAAAGCUUGUGAGAUCAAACCUUUGGAGGUUCGAUGCGCCCAAAUAAAAGCCUCAUGUGCAAUCUUAAUUUCAUGUCCUCUCGCAUAUGCUUUUUAUACAUUCCUUAAGUUCACAGCAACCUACUCUCCUUUCCUAAAGACUUGGCAGCUCCUUCAGCGUAGAGACUGGACCUGCUGUGGCAGGGAAUCGGUUUCCCAGGUUAGGCACUUACUAUAUUCAGGACAUCUGCCUCAUUUCUCACAGCCUGGAAGGUGUAUGGAAGAACGAGUCAGGAAGAUGCUGGGAGGGCAAGGGUAGUUUUGUGGAUACUCUUCCAAGAAGUACGUUGUAUUCCUGGCUACACCACAGAGGCUCCAGUGUGAUGCUAGGCAAGUACCGGGUUUCUUAGUGUGUUAUUAGUGGCAUUUUCCUUACCUUGUGGGUUGCCGUUUAUAGGAAGGCUGAGCUCUCUUGCAGUUUUGGAGUCUGCCUGUGGUGUAUUUUGAAUGGCAAGUAAGUGCUACAUUAGCAUAUGUACUCUGAGAAGACAGGGCUGAGAUAUCUCAAACUGAGAUUCUAAAAGUAGCGGAUAUUUUUUACUUUAAUCCCUCUCUGCCCUCAUUUUGCCAUUUGCAAAAUCACUAUAAACCAAUUAAUAGCUGUGAAGCUCUAAAACAUAGAGUAUGUAAAAAGUUCAUGAGGAAAUGAGUCAUUUUGUCUAUAGCAGAGUUCAAAUGGGAUCAGUAAAUAAAUCAGAGAGUCAAGAACACUGAACAAUAAGGGUGGCAUAACAUACUGAAUAGCUGUUCAUUAGAAAGGCAGUGUCCAUACAGGGACUAAAGAAGCCAAAACCCAUGUGAAAACACUGAAGCCAGAUAAUUAAAGAGCUGGGUUACUACGUCACUGCACAGGGGGAACAAAUCUAAGGUUGCAAAAUGACUGGGAUUCAGGCAUGCUCCAAGUUUGACUUUGCAACCGCUGCAAUAGUGUCUUAACCUAUGACAUCUUUUUUUUUUUUUAAUUUAGGUAAAAACAAACUUAAAACCUUCCUCAUGGCCUAUAUCUUAUCAACAUCUAUGCCAUCUUAUUAACCCCUAUGUGUCUGUAGGUGCAGUAGGUUCCAAUAAAAACCAUGUAACGUUCCCCCCGAGAGGACAGCGGAGUUUAUCAAGCACUUGGUGAGGCAGUAGGAGAGGACAGCACCACACUUUGCCAGCACUGCUACUAUGAUGGAUAUUACAUCUGUUUUCUUUCCUCUGAUCGGGACCUGCAGUCCCUGACUUGGCUUUAACCUCCUGGAUGGAGUGAAGAGAAACAGCUUUGUGGCCAGAAGCAGCUAAACACCGAGACAGUAGAGAUAUUGCUCACAAGCCCCGAGUGUUGUAAACAAAACGCUGGGAAUUGGUAUAACCAGUGUGGCCGUGUCUUCUAAAAACUGCAGAUCACCUGAAACAAAACCUGAGGGGUUUGUCCUGCUGCACUCACCUUAUAUUCUGACCUGCCACACGUAAGAGGAUGAUUUUAACUCUGUAAGCAGUGCCAUCCAGCUAAUCGGCUUACCUCACACUCCAGCAUCCAUUUCUGAGCAGGUGACAGGACCAUGGGCGACAGACAGAAGGGCAAGCUUCAUCAGGAAAGUCCUGUGAGAGCUGAACUGCAUCUGUUCCCCUCCAGAAAGUUCACGGAAGAUACCCUCCAGGGCACUGAUCAAAGACAGGACUGCAAGCAGGAGCUGGAGACAGAAAGUGAGGUGGAGACAUCUUUUGGAAAGAGGCGGGGAAUGAUAACUCCCUGUGGGAUGGAAGUCUGGGAGUGCGAGGACAGUGAUAGAGCCCACAUCAGCAAGGUUAUUCUUGCUGGGGACAAGCCAGACCCACCCAUGUGUGGUAACGGUGCCAUUUGGAUUCAGCAGGUGGGAGAGAAAACCUACGAGUGUCCUGAGUGUGGGAAGAGCUUCAGCCGGAGCUCAUACCUGAGCCAGCACCAGAGGAUCCACCUGGCAGAGAAACCCUUCAGCUGCUCCGAAUGUGGGAAAAGUUUCACCCGUAACUCAGACCUGAUCAAACACCAGCGGAUCCACACCGGCGAGAAGCCCUACCAGUGCAACGAGUGUGAGAAGACCUUCAGCCAGAGGUCCAAUGUGAUCAGGCACCAGAGGACCCACACGGGAGAGAGACACUACCAGUGCAACGAAUGUGGGAAGAGCUUCAGCCAGAACUCACAUCUCAUCGUCCACCAGCGAAGCCACAAGGGUGAGAAACCCUUUAAUUGCCCCCGGUGUGAGAAAAGCUUCAGCGACCGCUCCUCCCUGAUCAUACACCGGAGAGUCCACACCGGAGAGAAGCCCCACAAGUGCCAGGAGUGCGGGAAGCGUUUCCGGGACAGCUCGGCCAUCAUUCGGCAUCAGAGGAUCCACACGGGAGAGAAACCGUACGAGUGUACUGAGUGCGGGAAAACCUUCCGGCAGAGCUCCUCGCUGGUGACCCACAUGCGAACGCACACAGGCGAGAAGCCCUACAAGUGCCCCGUGUGUGGGAAGGGCUUUAGCCAGAGCUCAGCGCUCACCACUCAUCGCCGGAUCCACGGGGGGAAGGCCUUGCCUGUGUACCAUGGUGGCCUCCUGCCCAGCCCCUACCAGUGCACGGAGUGCGGCCGGAGGUGCAGCGACCGCUCCACUCUGGCCAAGCACCAGACCACGCACGCCGAGGAACGGCCCUACAUCUGCGUGGAGUGCGGGGACAGCUUCCGGCGGAGCUCGGCUCUCAACGUGCACCUGAGGAUCCACCGCGGGGAGAGACCCUACAAGUGCGAGGAGUGCGGAAAAAUGUUCAGGCACAGCUCAGCCCUCGGUGCCCACCUGAGGAUCCACGCAGGAGCCAAGCCCUACCAGUGCGGCGAGUGUGGGAAAAGCUUCCGGAAAAGCUCGACGCUUAAAGUGCAUUUGAAAAUCCAUGCGGCCAAGAAACCUUAUAAAUUUACUGUGGGUAGGAGAACGCUCACUUCCCGCUCACUCCUGCCAUAGGGCUGGAGCAGAUGUUCGGAGCAGGAAACAAAAGCAGUGUUUGGGGGUACCUGAAAAAGGUGGGUGAUGAGAACCAUGGUGGGAAGAGACUGACUGGAGACACGGUAACUCUGGUGUCGGGGCUGGGUGCUUAACCCCAGCGGCACAAAAACCAUUAGGAGGUCUGGAAGCAGGGAGUUAGUCCUAAGAGCCGAGUGCUGGUGGUUUAGGAAGAGUGCUGAGAACCUGAGGAACGGGCACCAGCUUCUGGGUAAGUCAGGGACUGUGAAUAUGCAGUAGAAUAACAACUGGGAGAAUCAGGCUUGUGAAAUAACUUUACAGGUAAAGUGAAGAUCAAAAUAAAAAGUUCCAGGUUGGUUAUGACUCAAAACUUUGGCCUGUUAGACACUGUAGUAGUCUUAGGAACUCUCUUUUUAUGAUCUUCCCUUAUUUUUCAUGCAGGUAGUAAGUUUACCCAGUGUUUAACAAGGUGCUUCCAAAUCUUUUGAGUCCAAGACUUUGGAGCUGAACUUCAAUCUAUUUGUCUUUUCUUCCUCUUUCCCAAAUCUUACAUGGGACAAUGAAUUCCUACCUCCGUAUGCAAAGCCCGAGUGACACGGUAGCAGAACUGUCGUGGCUGUUCCCAGAAAACAUGGAUGCGCAAGCAUUUCCAGUUGGAAUGCUGCCCCUUACUAGUCUGUGGCAGCUUCUCCCAAAUUUGUCCUUGCUGGUUUGAAAUACCUUCCAACUUGGGACAUCAACAAAACAUGGGCAAAAACGUGGCCUUACCUUAUUUAACCAAAAAAAAAUAUUCCCCCCUCCCCCCCGAUGUCCUAGUCUGAACUGGUACAUGACAGAAGUUCCUACUGGUGGUCCAGAGACUGUUUGCAAUUUUGUAGUCCUUUUUAUGAUAGAGUACUCUUCUUUAGCUCACUUUUGUUUGUAAAGUAUUAACGUACAAAGUUCAGCGUUAACAGUUAGGAAUUACUACAUUUGCAUUUAUUACUAUGCGAAUGACUGUGUAUUACCUGAACCUCCUCUAUAUUGCUAUGUUUUACGACUAGCUAUGUGUUUCCAUCCCAAAUAAACCCUUUUUUUUCUCCGCGUAA